CGUGAUGCGUCACUGCUCACCCGGAUACUCUGGCCCCACUCUUGUCGUCAGACCCUUGCCAUGUGAAAGUGGAGCCAUUCACUCCUCUUGGGGUGGAAAGAGGAACUGCCACGUGCUGGCCUCUUUCUCCACGUUCAAGUAUUUGAGCUUGGAUCGCAGUGAUGAUUGCUGUUGCUCAUCAGCAUCUAGCAAGAACUUUUUAUCCAAAUCAAUCUGGAAAGUGCCCAAGUUUGACUAGUUUCAGCUGACGUCUCCAAAAACCUCAAGUGUCUUUUCAGAGGAGGAUUUGUCAUUGUCUCGUUUUGAAGUGCCAUGCCCAGCAACAAGUCCGCAACCUGGAGCGGUGGUGUCACCCAGGCCUGCCACAACGCCGCCAUGUCGCCCAUACCAUUGGUCAACAUCAGCCUAGAGACAGUUGCGACUGCUCAAGUGCCUCGUCCUAAAAAAGUGCGCGCCAGACUUCCUGCCUUCUCAUACGCUCAGGAGCAAGGGAAUGCAACCCAGAGGCAAUCCAUGCCCAGUAAAUCGCUAAGGUUUAGCGGCGUUCCAAGGGCAAUCAAGUCAACGGGGGAAAAGCCACUUGUGAGCAGCACCAUGGACACGGGUGACAAUAUUUCUUCUGCCAUCAAAAAGGAAGUCCUCGGCUGUCCGAGCGUUGACACCUUGCAACGAGUCCAAGGACGUUCUUCUAUGCAGAUAAACAUGUUUGAGCUCGAAACUGCAGAACUCUCCUCCACACCUUCGGUGCCUCCUCUACGCCUUAUUCCUAUUGAAUACCAAGAAAGAAAGAUGGAAAAACAUACCUCCAGCAUUGACGCCAAAGGGGAAAUGAGCAAGAGCUAUCCGUUGACUAUUUCCAACCAGCGGAACUCGGCAGCAAAGUUCAGUCAGACGCAAAAUGCUCAUGCUAAAUCAGCUGCAUCGAACAAUCCCCUUCAAGUCAUAGGUGAUUUUCCACCACUGGUUUAUGUUAAGCCUCUAACACCAGUAGCUUUGGAUUCAAACAAGAAAUUCCCUCAAAGUCCAUUGAAUAUAAAUAGAAGCAGAAGUGGGAAGCUCAAUGGUCAGAUGCGAAAUGGGCUCAAUGUCAGCGCCACACCAAAGGAUCAGCCCGGGCCGCCGGACACCCUCCCAGGCGCUCUAAUGGGCUCUGUGACCACCAAGAUCUCCGCCAUCCACCUGACCAAGCAGGCACAAACUAGUCCUCUCACAUCUUUGUGCUUGUCCCCCCCUCCUCAGUCUGAGGCCACAGAUGCGAGCUCAGAAUGCGAUAUGCAGGUGGAUUGCAGCGGUGAGGAGGAGCUGCCUUAUGAGUUGGAGACGGCCUGCAGCGAUGAUGAUGAUUGUUCGGAGUCAUCCAGUGUCGACAGCACUUCGUCCAUUGCAUCGGUAGUACAAAUUACUGGUGUUGAGGAACCCAUGUCGUUGGAAGCGGAAAACAAUCGGGUGCAGAAACCGGCUCUUGUUCCCAGCCUGUUCCCACUCAUCCCUCCCACACUCUAUUUCAGUGCUGCCAAUGAACAAGUUGAAUUGCUGCCUGAAGAGCAAACGCGACUUUUAAAGUGGAAGAUUAGCACAGUCACGCCCAAUGUUGUGAGGAACGCCAUCGCCAGGUCGCACUUCAUGCACACCAGGAAAAGCCAUGACUGGUUGGGCUGCUGGGGACACCACAUGAAGUCGCCUUGUUUUAAGACUCUUCUAGAGCACCAGAAGUUGAACCAUUUCCCCGGAACGUUCCAGAUUGGCAGGAAGGACCGUCUUUGGAAGAAUCUGUCCAAGAUGCAGAAUCGCUUCGGCAAGCAGGAGUUCAACUUUAUCCCCCGCACCUUUGUCCUUCCUCAGGACAUCCUGCAGCUACGCAAGGCGUGGAAGGACGGCUCCAGACAGAAGUGGAUCAUCAAACCUCCAGCCUCAGCCAGAGGAGUGGGAAUUCAGGUCAUCCACAAAUGGAGCCAGAUGCCACGCAAGAAGUCCCUUCUGGUCCAGAAGUAUCUCCACAAGCCCUACCUCAUCGGUGGUAACAAGUUUGACUUGCGCAUCUAUGUCUACGUGACAUGCUACGACCCGCUCAGAAUAUACCUCUUCUCAGAUGGACUGGUCCGCUUUGCUAGCUGCAAAUAUUCACCCUCCAUGAAGACACUUGGCAACAAGUUCAUGCAUUUGACCAAUUACAGCGUCAACAAGAAAAAUUCAGAGUACCAGGCCAACAGUGAUGACAAAGCCUGCCAGGGACACAAAUGGGCUGUGAAGGCCUUGUGGCAGUAUCUCGGCUCCAGAGGAGUAAACACCACCUUGAUUUGGGAGAAGAUUAAAGACAUUGUCAUCAAAACAAUAAUUGCGUCAGAACCAUACGUGAACUCUCUGCUCAAGAUGCAUCUACGUACACCUUACAGCUGCCACGAGCUGUUCGGCUUUGAUAUCAUGUUAGAUGAAAACUUGAAACCCUGGAUCCUAGAAGUCAACAUUUCACCCAGCCUCCAUUCCAACACAGCAUUAGAUGUUUCCAUCAAGGGCCAAAUGAUUCGAGACCUCUUGAACCUUGCGGGCUUUCGUAUUCCUCAUCGAGAGGAUGUUGUCUCCUCCAGUGGAAGCACCUCCAGCUCCAACAGCAGUUUGUGUGCUGUAAGCAAGGAGACGAGCAAUCUGGAAAUCUCAGUCGACGAGAAAGUGAAACGGGCGUUUUACCUCAAACAGCGCUUUGCUGAUCAGAGUAUCCUGGCGACAGUGCUGGAUGUUUUGACUCCCAACGAUGUCCGCGUCCUCGCCGAGAGCGAAGACGAGUUGGGCCGCCGCGGACAGUUUGAGCGGAUUUUCCCAUCGCCGUCAUCAUCGAAAUACCUGAGAUUUUUCGAGUCUCCCCGGUACCUCAGCAUUGUGUUGGACCAGUGGGAGCGCAAGUACGGGAACAACAGGACAAAAGGUAUCAAUCUGCUCAGGCCUUUGUGUCAGGAAGGAGUCCAUCUUGGUACCGAUGAUCCCGCUCACAUGUGGUCCAAGUGUAGCUACUUCUCCAACUACAGAGAAGCACCCGUCGUCCCUUCUAAAUCCAGGGUGGCGCUCAUCCGUCAGCAACUGUCGGAUGAAAUGGACAUGGACGAAGGCUCAGACAGUGAUGCCUUCGUUGCCAGUCCCAGAUUCAGUGCCGGCACUGUUCCUAACAUACCUGAAGUGUAAUAUCUGAGAUUGUAUUAUUUUCUUUUUUUUUUUUACUAACUGGAAAAUUUCGCAUUUUUCAAGGGCUUGAAAAUAUUGCUUAGGAGUACACUUUGGAAAUAAAAAUUAAUAUUGAAGUAGA